AUGACAGUGACCGCAGAACGCUUCCGGACUCUUGACAAGAUAGUCAAUGAGAAAGGAAUGCUCCGCAAGGACGCAAUCAUGCGUUCUCCAUCUCCAGUUGCUUCUGGCUCGAAUCACACUCUGGAUGGUGGUCCUCCUGCCAAACGCAGUCGUAUCAAAGAGAUCCCCGAUGUUGAGAUGGCCACCGGCCAACAGAACAAUCUUGAUCUUCUGUUUGGAGAUAGUGAGUUUGCCCAGGCUGAACCAGUCAAUUGA